GCAACAUCAAUCAUGUCACCGUGCGCACGUUGAGCUGCCAAUAUCCAUGGUCAGGGCUUGGAAGAACAUGCUUUGUGCUUAUCAUGGUGCCAGCAGGCAACGGCGUGCCCAGGUCAGGAAUAUGGUCAGCUAUAAAGAGCCCAUGUUCUACAAUCUCGAAUGCUUCACGCUCGUCAAUUGAUCGCUUCCGUGGCGGAACAACAUCAUGAAGUUCGCACUCAGCCUUGCCUGGCUAUCCCUCGUUGCAGGUGCGACUAUCCGCAGCCCACAGCCUCGUACAUACGAUGGAUACCAAGUCCAUCGCGUCCGAGCUACUGGAUCCCAGUAUGCUGCAGCAAAGCGAGCUCUUGCUGCAGUUCCUCACGAGACUUUGAACGAAAUCCGUGGAAACCUGGAUGUUCUUAUCGCACCCGAGCAGUUGGACGCCUUCAAUGCUUUGGGGCUCAAGUCCCGAACUUUGCAUGAGAACCUGGCCCAUUCUAUCGCUCGGGAGUCGCACGUCAAGAAGGCCUGGAAGAGGCAAGCCAACGGUUCGGAAGAUGCGUGGUUUGAUAGCUACCACCCGUAUGAAGACCACAUUACCUGGUGGCGAGAUCUACAGGAAUCUUUCCCAGACAAUUCGAAUUGGACAAGCACUGGAACAUCUUUCGAGGGGCGCGACAUGUUCGGCGUUCACCUCUAUGGAAAAGACGGCCCAGGAAAGCCUGCGGUCAUCUACCACGGAACUGUUCACGCUCGUGAAUGGAUCACUGCUAUGACCAUCGAGUAUAUCGCGAAGGCGCUCACCUAUGAAUACAAGGCAGGCAACAACUACACGCAAGCCAUUCUGGAUAACUACGACAUCUACAUGUUUCCCUUUGUCAACCCCGAUGGCUUCGUGUUUUCUCAAACAGACGACCGCCUAUGGCGCAAGAACCGUAUGCCACCACCAGAGAACGCUGCCAACCAGACUUGCUAUGGUCGCGAUAUCAACCGCAACUGGGAGACGAACUGGGAUGCUGACCCACGCGGAGCUUCAACAGACCCAUGCUCGCAGACAUACAGGGGAGAAGCGCCCCGCGACACGCCUGAGAAUCUGGGCAUGGACACCCUGAUCCGCAAGAUUCGCGAUGAGCAAGGCAUCAAGCUAUACAUUGACUGGCACAGCUACUCCCAGCUGAUCUUGUAUCCAUUCGGUCAUAAGGAAACUCUCUAUGCGCCAGAGCUCGGCAUGUGGACCAAGGUCGCUGCACUGAUGAGCGAGAACAUUGCCUAUUACUCGACCAAUGCGACUACCUACACCUACGGCCCUAGUGGAGCAACCUUGUACCCGACAACCGGUGCGUCUAUCGACCAUGUGUACACCAUUGGUCGCGCCAAGUUCUCCAUGACCAUUGAACUGCCCGAUACCGGUGAUUUUGGCUUCGUUUUGCCCCCGGAGAGGAUCAGGCCUGCGGCUGACGAACAGUGGGUGGGCCAACAGGUAUUGCUCAGUCUGUUGGACGAGGAGUUCUUCGAUGGCGAAGGCCCAGCGAUUGGCGCAUUAGGCACUACAUGGUAGACACAUGUAGGUGUUAGUUGAGCUUAUCAUGGCGACCAUGGUCGAUCGUGGCUGUUAAAGCUGUUAUUCAUUAAUACUAAUACGACAAUAGCAAGUCAAGAUUGCAUUGUCGUCUGUCAAGUCUCUGCUCUUUUUUCAAA